CCUUCACACAUACAUACACACAUAUGCGAACGAAGCAUUCCUUAGUCAUUUCUACAGCUUGUAAUGGAAGAACAAACCUGUUUUGUGCAUUUACAGGAAAUCGGUGCAUAAAGAAGAGUGAAUCACACUGUACUGGCUGAGGAGUUUAUUAAAAAUACCUGUGACUUAGAGGUUAUGCAACAAGAAGACAAAAUAGUGCUCGGAGAUUUGUAAGGUGAAAACUGAAAGAGUUUGGGAGACUGUAAAGGAAGUUUUUAGAAACAGAGCAGAGCAAGACAGGACAGGACGAAGCACCUGGAAGUUAUUGUGCAGCAAGUACAAACAUGAAGUCAGAUGCCAUAAACAUGACCGAACUAAACGACAAACAAGGCACGGUAUGUAUCCUUGGCACGGGAGAUUUUGGGCGAUCUUUGGGGCUUCGCUUGCUUCAAGCAGGAUACGAAGUUGUCUACGGAUCUCGAAAUCCACAAAAUUCUGCUCUGGUGCCCAAGGGGGCCAAGGUAAUGUCACAAGAGGAGGCAUCUCAAAGAGCAAGGGUGAUAUUUUUGGCUAUUCAUCGAGACAAUUACGAGCUGCUGUCAUGUCUGAGCCCCGUUCUUGAAGGAAAGGUCCUGGUGGACGUCAGUAAUAAUCUGAAGAAGCAUCAGUAUACAGAAUCAAAUGCUGAGUAUCUAAGCAUGCUGGUUCCUAAGGCACAUGUUGUCAAAGCCUUCAAUACCAUCUCAGCCUGGGCACUGCAAUCAGGAGGGCUGGAUGCCAGCAGGCAGGUUUUGAUUUGUGGAAACAAUACAGAUGCCAAGCAGGCAGUGACGGACAUAUCCCACAGUUUGGGUCUUACUGUAGUUGACCGAGGGUCCCUGAGAGUGGCGUCUGAACUGGAAGAUCUCCCGCAUCAACUCUUUCCUCUUUGGAGACUUCCAUUACGUAUUAGUGCUGGACUCCUUGGUGUGUUCUUCCUCUAUGUUCUCAUUCGCGAUGUUGUCUAUGCACGGGUCGUUGACAACAAAGACAUUUCCUUUCGCAUCAUGAUCUCUCUUGCUAAUAAGGUGUUUCCUAUGGUCGCGUUGGUGAUGCUGGCCCUGUGCUACCUACCUGGUAUCAUUGCUGCUUUCUUGCAGCUUUACAAUGGAACCAAAUAUCGCCGCUUUCCCGACUGGCUGGAUCGUUGGAUGUUGUGCAGGAAGCAGCUGGGAUUACUGGCACUGGCUUUUGCUUUUCUGCACGUGCUGUACACACUGGUGAUCCCCAUCAGAUACUACGUAUUCUAUAAAAGGGCCAACUUGUAUAUUUCACUGGUUAAAGAGAAUAAAACAUACGAGUUCAGUGAUAUAAUGGCCUGGCGCUCUGAUGCCUACUUGUCCAUGGGAAUGCUGGGAUUUGUGCUGUUUGUUUUACUAGGAAUCACAUCACUCCCAUCUGUCAGCAACUCUCUCAACUGGAGAGAAUUCCGCUUUAUACAGUCCAAACUAGGCUAUUUGACGCUGCUGCUGUGCACUGCUCAUGGCUUCUUGUAUGGAUGGGACAAGUUCCUGCACGCGUCAGCCUACAAAUGGUGGAUGCCAUCAAGCUAUAUGCUGGCUCUGGUGGUUCCCUGCUUUGUUUUGGUUUUAAAAACAGUCUUAAUUAUGCCGUGCAUAGACCGUACUAUCACUCGCAUACGCCAGGGGUGGGAGAGACCAGGUAAUGCUGGGAUGUACAAAAAUGCAAGGAGCAGUCAACCACUCAUUUUAUAAACAAUGUUUCACUUUAUUAUAUUAUAUUGCAUACGUUA